CUUCUCUGCUUCUCAGUUCAAAUUUCGAAUUCUCUCGAUACUUCACAGACCUUUACAAAUUCCGCCGGUUUACUAUACCGCCAUGGGCCCGCGCUGAGCCGGUGCAUUUUAGAGCGACCCCUUUCAAAAUCCCACACAAAGAGAAAGCAAUGGCGGGCCGCGAGCAGAGAGAAACCCUAACCCUAGCGUUAGGCAAGCGGAGGUCGACAGAGCUUGAUGGAGAAGAGGACGACGAAGAUGAGAGAGACCUCGAGGAGCUCGAGAGGGAGGUGAAGGAAAUGGCCGAAAAGAUCCUCGAAUGUCGACGAACGAUGCCCGGUCGGAUCUUUGAGGCCUUGUCUUCUCAUUUGGUAGCUCAGAGACCUUUGAUUCCUGAUUUAGGGUUCACUUCUUCUUCUUCUUCUAUAUCUGGUCGCGAUACGGAAGCGGGAACAAGCAGGGGUCCGAGCAGAGAACUGCGAGAGAAUGAUGAGUUGAUUCAAGGGGCAUCACUUGUAGAAGCUGAUGCAGGGAUGCUUGAAAAACUGCAAACUUUUAGGGAUAAAACUGCUAGUAAUGUCGCUCAACUGCCUGUCAUUUUGAAGAGAAUGAAUGAGUGCAUUGCCAGGCUUGACAGAAUUGACAAGUACGAUGUAAACUUACAUUCUGCUUUCAAGAGGAAAAGGAAAUGAUUACAUGUUUAUUUUUUUAAGAACUUUUGUUGCUAGAUGUCAGUAACGAAAUAUAUAUUGUAAUUGUUUGAGAGGGAUGCAAGUGCAUCUCAAGUGUAUGAUCUGUAUCUGUAAGAGCUUGAUGAGAUUUGGUUAUGGAAAUGUCAUUGAAUUCACAAGCUACCACUUGUGAUCCUCAAUUUGGCUAUUUCAAGA